AUGAAGUUUCAGGCCGAUUUCUUCGCAUUGCUCUCUGAGAACUCCAGGGAGUGGGAAGGUGCGACGGUGCCUGGGAGCAAUCUCGCUUACUGUCAGUGCGGAUCUGAUGCAUCGGGUUCCGCUUGCCGCAGUUGCGCGAGGGAGACGCCGACGGCGAAAUCCAGCACGAGCUGCUGUGCAAACUGCCGCUGUGGCGUGAAGUGCCUGAAGUUCAGGCUGUGGGGCAUCCAAGGAGCCGCCGGCUGGUUCUACAUCGCCGACGUGGAAGGUCUCCAAGGAUGGUCUUUCCGAGACCUCCUCUUCGCACUGGGCACGGCAAUCCCCAUUGGAUACGUGGCCUUCCCAGAAAACGAGGCGCCGGUCGGCUUGGGGUUGUUAUGGUAG